CAUGGUCGGGCUCGCCGUCAUCUACAUGCUAAUGCUGCCGCUCGAGUUCCUGCCCGCCCUUGGCCUCUACACGCCGCUUCCCGUCCUAUGCGUCGCCUGCUUCAUCGUAGCGUCGGACGAGGUUGCGCGCGAUAUGGAGGUGUCCUUCCGCGGCAACGCGAACGGUGUCGACCUCCUCGAUCGUAUCAACACGCUAGACGCGGAGACGGCCGGCCUGCUCGCAGUGCGAAGCGGUCAGGUCGUGAGGUGCUUCGACGUGUUUGGCUCGGCGGCGCCGGCAUCAAGGCGCGACUCCGCGCCGGCGACUAGCGCCGCCAUCCUGGCUGCCACGGCGCGCUCUUCCAACGAGCGCGUGACCCUCAGCGCGGCACCGCAGUUCUCCAGCCAGCGCUCCGAGAACGGGAGCCCGAGGGCCGCCCCAACUGCGGCAGCAGGCCGGUCGCCGGCGCCACCGCAUCCCGUGCGGCGCCGUUCGCUGCCAAAUCUCGUUCAGCUGAGGGCACGAGCCGCCUGUAUCCUGCAGCACGGCCGGCCGUCGCCCACGGGCACGGCCAAUGGAGAGAGGGAGAUUUAGAGAGCUGCGAUUAAAUAAGAGAAAUGCGUGGACAACGUGUAGUCACUUUUUUGCUUGUGU